AUGACGCCAAUGGGUCACCGCAUGCGCGAUGAACACUUUUUGUUCGAAAAGGGGUUCGUCAACCUUAACCAUGGCUCGUUUGGAACGUAUGUAAAAUGCGUCAGGGACAAGCUUCGGUCACUGCAGGAUGCCGCCGAAGCCGCACCGGAUCGGUACAUCCGUUACGAAUAUCCUCGUCUGUUGGAUGCUUCUCGAGCUGUCAUGGCAGAGUAUCUUCAAGUACCAGUCGGAGAUGUUGUCUACAUCGCCAACGCUACGAUGGCUGUGAAUGCAAUCCUCCGGAACCUGCAAUUCGAAGAGGGUGACCUGAUUGUAUAUCUGGAUCGUAUAUAUGGUGCAUGCGAGAAGACGAUCGACUUUCUUGUCGAAACGACGCCGGUCGAAUCGGUAAAAGUCGAGUAUACUUACCCCAUUAGUGAUGAUGACCUGGUGGCAAAGUUUCAGCAGACGCUUGCCUCUCACAAAGGCAAGGUUAAAGUGGCCUUAUUCGAGACCAUCGCCAGUUUGCCUGGAGUGCGUCUGCCGUUUGAGCGGUUGGUCGCGGUCGCCAGAUCGGAGCACGUUUUAAGUCUGGUCGAUGGUGCUCACGCCGUUGGCAACUUCCCCAUUGACUUGUUGAAAUUUCAGCCAGAUUUUUUUAUCUCAAACUGCCACAAAUGGUUGUUCGCACCCCGAGGCUGCGCGGUCCUUUAUGUGCCUGAACGCAAUCAGCAUCUCAUGCGAUCGUCGCUCCCUACAUCACACUAUUUUGUUCCAGUGCCACGGCCCGGUGUACCACCAGCAAACAACCCACUUCCACCGACUGGAAAAAGCAACUUCGUAUCGCAGUUCGAAUUCGUGGGCAGCGUCGACAACGCGCCUUUUCUCUGUCUGGAGGAGGCGCUUCGUUUCCGAAAAGAGGUCUGUGGGGGAGAAGCCGCCAUCAUGAAAUACUGCCAUGACCUCGCACAUGCCGGUGGGCGCCGUGUUGCGGAGAUAUUAGGGACCGAGGUCAUGGAUAACGACACCCAUACGUUGACGAAGGAGUGUUGUCUUGUCAAUGUCCGCCUGCCACUCGAGGUUUCCGACGACGACAACGACGAUAGGGUUCAGCCAAUGGGCAAUAACUCAGAGUCCGCACCAGAUUCCACAGCAGCAGACUCUCCGCAACGCGUGGUCGCAAAAGUGCCACGUGGUCAUGUUCCCACCGUCACGAACUUCUUCGCCUCCAACUGCGUGACAGAGCAUUCGACUUUUAUAGCCUUCAUCUUCUACCACAAUGCAUGGUGGGCCCGGUUUUCUGCACAAGUCUAUCUCGAGAUGGAGGAUUUCGAGUACGGAGCUCACGUCAUAGAGGCUCUUUGUCAAAGUGUGGCACAAAGAGCAUAUACGCCUACCUUGCCCGCACCCGUGGCUUGCUGCUGA